GUUAUUAGUAUUUGUGCAUUGUUCGACAGUGGAAUAAGCUCGACUCUGUUGCUAGGCGUUCUUCUUCAGCCAUUUGGUCAAGUAAUUUUACAACUGGAAUUUUAUUCAGACAUGAAUAACAUGACGACAGGAUAGAUAGCCUUCAAGUUGCUUUUGUUUAAUUCUUCUUUAGAUGUAAAUUAUGUAUGCAGUUUUUUUUUUACUCUUUGCUUUUGUCGGUCAAGAAAGAAAUGGAAUAAAACUGCUACCUGGAAGAUCGGUUUCUAUUUACGAAAAUCCAAGAAAUAACGCGAGAAUGGAAAAGUCAGGAAAUCUAGACGAGAAAGAACUUGCCGACGAUUUGAUUACACAACAUAUGAUGUAACCCGUCUUUGAUACCAAUUUCCAUACAGUGUGGAAAAAAUAUCUGUCCUCUUCUACGUUUGUUGUCGGCUUUGAAGGUGGAAUAAUAAUUAAAACAAGAAACUAAGCUUCGUAACUACGUGACAAAAAUGAGAAAGUACUUCGCUAUAUAUCCAUAUAAUACACAUAGCAAAGCGCGAACCUAUCACCUCAUCUUACCUUAAUUGACAAUAUUGUUAUUAUUUACAACAUGCAACAAUGCCAAGAAGAUUCUUUUGCUGGAGGGAACAUUCUUACUUCGGAUUAGACUUUAGACUUAUUAUAUUUUCUGAUUAAAUUUCACCUCCAAUAUGAAUGCUGAGAAACUUCGGUUUAGAGAUAAAAAGCAGAAGAAGAAGAUCUGAACUACUAUGGGCUCUAACAAUCGCCAUAAGUAUUACAAUACAUCUCGAAAGAAAAUGACAAUAUUGGACUUGAAAUAAUUACUCCUUUGUGUUGUUUCUGUGUUACGUUAUUGGAAUUAUGAAUCUGAGUUAGAAAAGUAACUGUUUUUGGAGAUACCAACUGAACAUCUGAUUGGAUCGUUAGUCUCUAACAAACAUUUAUUAAUGGUUAGUAGCAGUAGUUAAAGAACUCAGCCAGAUGGUUGUUGUCGUCGUAGUAACCACCUUUCCUUGUUCUGCACCACAGGAUGAUUUUUAUAUUACCUCCAAUUAGCAUGCAGUACCAUCUCUGUGACCCCUUGUAAAUUCAGAACAGUGUACCAUCACCUGACACAAGUUAAACCUAACCUUCUGGUCAUGUCAUUUUAAAGAAUUCACAAUUCCUGUCUUUUUAAGUGCAAAUUACAAAGAAAGCUAUCAGGAAAUGCAAAGGAAAAGAAAUUUGCCCUCAGCUGUAAAAGAAAAAACAAAACAAAAUUUGUUCUUCCUUUCUAAUGAUUCCAAAAUAAUUCUUAAUGGAUUUCAAUAUUGGAUAAGUUUAACUAAAAUAGAUGUUUAACAAUCUCUUCCCUUUCCAAACUUGCAGAAGAUUUAGUGGAUAUUCUCCUGUAAAUAAUUCUACCACUUGAUGGCUCUGUCUUCAUGUUAAUCUCAAAACCGUUACCAUGGCUUGUUCAUCUGACACCACCAGCAGCAGUAGCAGCAGCAAUAUGGCAAACACUGAAACUGGAUUUGGCAGUGUCUUAACCCUUAAUAAAGCUACCACAUCAGACACAAAACCUAAAUACAACAUGAACUUUCUCUCAGAAAGGGACUGCGUGUGGCCCCGUAAUUAUGCUGCAUCUAGUCAAUCAAACGUUUCCUCAGAUAAUGAUAUGACGUGGUCUGGUGAAAACGAUGUGACACUUUUCACCGAUGAAGAUGCCACUUCAGAUAUUAAUUUCAAAUCUGGAGAAUUAACCAAUUCUAGUAAGAUAGACAAUGUAACAGACAUUAAUGCCAAACCUAGGGGCCCAAAGCUUACCUCAAGCGAUGGCUCAACUCCAUUUAUUCAACCGAAAUCCAGUGAUGGAUCUAGGUCCACAGAGAGGGUUUGUACAGCUAACUCUAAUCCUCAGCUCAUAGUCUCAACACAUUCCUCAGGCAAAGUCAAGAAUGACUCUGUUCCCAAUAAAUCGACUUUGUCUUCUGAAAACAAACUCGGCUCUGAGUUAAAAAAAACUUCUACUUUAAGUGAACAAAGUCUUCAUCGGAGCCCUGCUCUAACACCUCGAGUCUCCAAGGCAGCAUCAGUAACCAGUGCUUCAUUAAGUAGUUCCAAAUUAUCCCAAGACGAAACAACUUCUCCACUGAGUUUGUCGCUACAGAAAGAAGAUAGCUUGGAUGAGGUUAAAGUUUGCACGUCGCCAUUUCAGAAUCAGACGUAUAUCCAUCGUUAUGGUAAGACUUACUCUGCUCACGGCAACCUGACCCCUCUACCUGGGAAGAGUCAUAGGAAAUAUGGAAAGACUUAUUCUCCUCGAGGCAAUGUGAACCCUAAACCUGAUGCAACUGUCACAGCUACACUGUCAUCAUCUCUGUUGUCUCAGGACAAUCUCUACAGCAACAGGGAUAAGAAUUUUAAUGUCUCUGAUUCAAAAACACUCUCUUCUUCCUCUUCUACUUCUUCUUCUUCAUCAUCAUCAUCAUCAUCAUCGUCGUCUUCACAUUCAGAUGCUGUCAAUGUAACUUCAAAAUCUACAACAGAAAAGAAUGAAAUGAAAUUGUCUUCAAGUCUUUUGUCCAAUAGCAAAAACACCUUUGUUCCAAAAAAGUCAUUGAUAGACCUCACAAAGGGUCCGCCUGAGAAAUUAUUAGGGAAUGCCAAUCAAAAAAUCGAUAUAUCAUCUGGAACUCUAGAUCUCCAGCGAAACAGAAUGGUAAUACUGAACAAUAAGACGAGUAGGAAACCUUUUGUUACCGUCUACCUGGUAUCAAAGAAUGACACCGGCACUAAUAUCUAUGAUAGCAACAAAAGCACUUGUUCUGUAACUGAAUACCACGAUGUGAAAAAUGGCAAAGGGAGUUGUUCAAAGGCUGGUCGUCCACAGAUAACUGCCAAAAGCGAAGCUAAUAAUUCUGUUGUUAAUUUAAAUAAUGUUCUUGUACAAUCUCUCCAUGACUACAAAGAAAAUGGUAUUCCUGCUCGUAGCUUAUUGACUCCAGAAUCAUUGAAGAAUGUGACGAAAGAAAAUGCCGAAGCCACUGAUGGUUCUUCCACUUUGUUCCACAGUCCCCAGCCACAGUUGCAAACCAAUGACACUAAGAGUUUUCCAAAAUUAAAAGAAUCUGCUACAAAUGUUAGUGCUUCUGUUGAAACUUUGGCAUCAGAUGCUGGUGGGAAGAAGGAUCAGGAUAUCCCUGCUCUUAUAGAACAGCAACACAGUAAAUCGUCCAAAACGAAUUUAGGAGGGAAGCCUGAGCAAUUAGCUGUUAAUCCUGGAAUUGGUAAAGGUAACGUGCAAAUGUCUUUGAAAAAUAACAGCUUGGAGAAAGUAAAAGUGAAGAAUGAAAACAAGUUGCAUGAUACUAGCGAGGAAGGUAAUGGUGUAAUGAAGAUUUCUUCAGCUGCAAAAUCAAACGAAAACAGUUCAGUAGGACCGAAGAAACAGUUUUCCUUAAUAUAUUCUUGCCCAUCAAGCAAAGUGAGUAAAAAGGAUGUGGUUGGGACUCACCAACUGGCCACUGCUCCUUCUUGUGCAAGUUCAACUCAGAAGAAAGCUGUUGAUUCGAAACUGUCUUUAAUUAAGGAUAUUCCCGUUAGAAACACCAACACAGGUGGGUCUGAUUUGAUGGUGGAAGUGAAGUCUGAGAAAUCUGAGGAAAAUAAUAACUGUUCACCUGUCAUUAAAUCCAAGAGCAAUCAUUCCUACAACACAGGUGUUAAAAUUUAUGGCAAGAAUUCAGCUGACAAUAUUACCAAAGAGAAAAUUGUACUUUCACAGUCAGCAGAAUCUCUUGAAAAUUUCACAUCUAAAGUUAAAACUGAUAAAAGUGAAUUAACUUUGAACGUAACUAAAAACUGCAAUGAAGCUGUUUCUUUUAAUAUAAAAUCUGAGAAAGUUUUGUCUUCAUCUUGUGCUAAUUCCAAGACUAAUAACGAGCAUUCAGUUGUAGUUACUAAAGAAUCUCUCAAGAGGUUGCCUUCAAAACAGAAUGUGAAACACCUUCCUUCUCAAAGCAGUGUCUCAAAUAAUUCCUCAACAGUUGUUUCAUUGAAGAAAAUGCAAUGUUCACCCAAGUCAUUGCUUAAUAAUCCCCCUGUUUCUUUGGAGCCAAACGCAAAGAAUUUGAAAAAUGUUACUGUCAUUAAAACAGAACCAAAUUCUUUUGAAUAUGGCCCUCUUCAAAACCCGAAUGUUUCUGCAAAUAUAGAAACAAGCAAAAAGACUUUGAAAACCAUUGCUGACAUAAAGAUGGAACCAAAUUCUUCAGAGCCCUCCUCCUUUCCUUUGAAAAUGGAAACAAACAAAAGGGCUUUAAAAGCUGUCACUAUCAUUAAAACAGAACCUAAUUCUUUAGAGUCUGCCCCUCCUCAAAACUUGAAUGUUCCUGUGAAUAUGGAAACAAACAAAAAGACUUUGAAGACUGUUACUGACAUUAUGGUGGAACCCAAUUCUUCAGAGUCUGUCCCUCCUCAGAGCCAGGAUGUUGCUGUGAAAAAGGGUAAGGUGCUGGUUACUGCUAGCGAGCCAACCAAAUCAAAACCUCAACAACAUAAACCUGUUCUUCAUACUAAUAGUGUACCCACAUCUGUUCCUUCAACUCUGGAAAAGACAAUGUCUGUUUCUUAUGUCACAUCAAACAAGGACAAAAGCAAGAAUUUUGUAGUGCCAACAGCUGUUGGUAAUUCAACCAGUGUUUGUUCUCCACCAUUUCCUCUUAAACGCAGCACCAACACCACUGUCAACACAUCUACUAUUUUGGCCGCACCAGUUGCUUCUGCAACUACUUCAAGUAAUAAAACGUCUGUUCAUAGCACUUCUCGUGUCCCAAAUGCACCAAUUUACUCAACAUGCAGUACUCAGACGACAAGUUUCACGGCGAAUAGCUCUCAGAAAGUUGGUGCAAUGAAUGAUGGCUGUAGCAAACAUGGACUUAAAGUCGUGUCUAAACCUCGUUCAGAUAAGUCCAGUGGGAAAAGUGCUGCUCUUGAUGUGAAAGGUUUGGGGAAUUGUGCUAGUAACAAAGUGUCAAAGACUUCGAAUGAUGCUAAAUUGGUGGCACCCGAUCCAUUGCCUCCCCAUAAGCGAUUGCCAGUGGUUAGUAGCACUACUAGUACUGUUAAUAAUAAAGAGAAAGUACUUCUAGCUCCCAGAAAACUACAGACAGUCCUUCAUGUUAAGACUGAAGAUAAGCCACAUUCACCACCUAAACAGCGUAAGGUUGCUCAUAGUAAUACUAAGACUGAUCAUAAAUCAUUUUUAGCAUCUAAACAACAGUCAGAGGUUAAUACCAGUACUAAGACUGAUCGUAAGUCGCUUCCAGCAUCAAAUCAGCAGUCAACAGUUAAUACCAAUAUUAAGACUGAUCGUAAGUCGCUUCCAGCAUCAAAUCAGCAGUCAACAGUUAAUACCAAUAUUAAGACUGAUCAUAAAUCACUUCCAGCAUCUAAACAGCAGUCAACAGUUAAUACCAGUACUAAGACUGAUCAUAAAUCAUUUCCAGCAUCGAAACAGCAGUCAACAGUUAAUACCAGUACUAAGACCGAUCAUAAAUCAUUUCCAGCAUCCAAACAACUGUCAACAGUUAAUACCAAUACUAAGACUGAUCAUAAAUCACUUCCAGCAUCCAAACAAGUGUCAACAGUUAAUACCAGUACUAAGAUUGAUCAUAAAUCACUUCCAGCAUCCAAACAAGUGUCAACAGUUAAUACCAGUACUAAGACUGAUCGUAAGUUGCUUCCAGCAUCAAAUCAGCAGUCAACAGUUAAUACCAAUAUUAAGACUGAUCGUAAGUCGCUUCCAGCAUCAAAUCAGCAGUCAACAGUUAAUACCAAUACUAAGACUGAUCGUAAGUCACUUCCAGCAUCCAAACAAGUGUCAACAGUUAAUACCAAUAUUAAGACUGAAUAUAAAUCACUUCCAGUAUCCAAACAACUAUCAACGGUUAAUCCCAGUACUAAGACUGAUCAUAAAUCACUUCCAGCAUCCAAACAAGUGUCAACAGUUAAUACCAAUAUUAAGACUGAUCAUAAAUCACUUCCAACAUCUAAACAACUGUAUACUGUUAAUACCAGUACUAAGACUGAUCAUAAAUCACUUCCAGCAUCUAAACAACUGUCAACAGUUAAUAGCAGUACUAAGACUGUUCAUAAGUCACCCCUAGUUCCUAAACAACAGUCAACAGAUGUUAAUAGCAAUGCUAAGACUGAUCAUAAAUCACAUUCAGCUCCUAAACAACUGUCAGCAGUCGCUAAUGCUAAUUAUAAAGCUAAUCCUAAAUCACUUCUAAUCCCAAAGCAACCACAAGCAGUUCCUAAUAGUAAUCCUAAGUCUGGUCAUAAACCACUUAUGACAGUGAUUAAUGUUAAGGUGGAAGAUAAACCACUUUCAUCUCAUAAGCAUCAGCCAAUAGUUGCAAAUAUUGAGGUUAAAAAUAAGUCUUUUUUACCUGCACCUCGUCCAAAUGUUUCUGGCUUCUCAAGAGUUCUUGUGCAACCGUGUUCUAAGAAUUCCUUGUCGGUGCCACCUGCCAGAUCUUCGUACCAACAGAAAGUCAGUCAGAUUCCGUGUGAUACAUACUGCUAUUCCUGUUGGCGGCGAAACCCCACCAAAGAUAUCUCAAAUAAUAAUAAUAAUAAUAAUAAUCAUAAGAAGAGGAGUAGCUACAACGAGUGCAAAAGCUGUGGGGCUUACUUGCGAAUACAACAAUGCACGAAGCAGAAGGCGUCCAGGAUGUUGCUUGACCGUUGGACUUGUAGGACCGGUGGUGGUGGUCGCAUCAGGAACAGAAAACGAGGGCUGCAUUUUACCUGUUUCAGCUGUCAGCUUCAGUUCUCCAGCCGAUGUACAUUCACUGCCCACAUGUUGGUCCACCAUACUCUCCGACCGUACAAGUGCCGGCUCUGCGGACAAUCGGCAAUGUCGAAGCAGUUUCUUCAGCGGCACCUUAAAACACAUACGACAGGGAAAGGACAAUUUCAGUGUUCUGCUUGUCUUAAAAAGUUCUCGUAUCUGUGUAAUCUCCGUGUGCACAGUCGUCAGCAUCAAAAUGAGAAGAGAUUGUUCCAGUGCUCCAAUUGUUGCCAUUGUUACAGUCGGAGUAAAACCCUUGCCAAACAUAAAUGCUUCUUCGCUCACGGAAACAAAUCUAAAUCUGUCUCCGAAUCUAAAACGAGAUCUGUAAACAUAAUGAAAUCUCAUCCUCCACAGCCUGAACAAUGUCGACGGUAUGGUGCAAAAGCAGAGCAAACGGGAUGUAGUAAGCAGCUGAAGAAUGUGUCCCAGAGGAAACAGUUCUCAUCAGAUUCCAUGGAAGUUGAUAAUGAUAAAGUUGGUGUGGUCAGCGUACGUCAACAGCCUGAUGGCAUUAAGCAGCUUUCUGCCGAUACCACUGAUUGUAGUGGUAGUAGUAGUGGUGGUGGUGAUAACGGUGUUGGCAGAAAAACUGCUUCAUCAUCAACGGAUUUAAUGAAUGGUCUGAUAUUACCAGCAUCAAGGAAAAGGAAACUGCCUGCGACAGUCACAGAAAAACUUCUUUCUGCAUCUUCUUCUUCUUCAGUUGCCAAGGAAAAUUCUUCAUCAAAAGACUCACCAACCAGUUUGAAAAUGUCGCCAGCAGCGAGUAAGGAGAACAUGUUGAUGCUAGUCACAGAUAAACCACUUUCCACUCUCACUGUUGAUGGUUCCAAGAGGAGUACUUCUUCUGGUAAUGAUAACGAAUCGGUCUUUGUUUAUGGUGUGGCACUGACAGUUGAAAAACCUACCGCCCAAGUGUUGAAUUCAAAAUCUCCUCUUCUUGGAGCCACAGAUAAAGUUGUAACUUCUCCCUCCCAGGAACCUACCACAAGGUCCGAAUGUUCAAACCAGUUGCAGGCCACUGAUGUGGGUGAAAAGAAUACCUGCCAAGAUUUGAGCUCAAGUUCCAAGAAGGCAGUAUCUUUGAAAUCUGUGAAGAUCGAGAAGGAUUUAGAUGAUGAGGUUACGAUAACUCAGAUAAUACAAUCUGAAGAUGAUGUAGGAAAUGGCUCGUCUUCAGCGUGUUCAGUUUCUAAACUCAGUUCUAAAACGAAUGAAUUGCAUGGUGAUUGCAAAGAUAAUAGUAGGGCCAAAGAGCAUUUGAAUAUGUUACCUUUGGAAAAAAAGUUUGUUAAAAAAACAAUUGAUGUAGGAGCUGAUAAAAAGAAGCCAGAGGUGAAAGCAGAAUUGGGUAGUGUUGUGUCUGGUACCCAGCCAGGUGUGGUGGCCCUCCCUGGGGAAGAUGGAAAGAAGAGAGAGAAGAAAGACAUUGCUAUAGAACACUCAGAAACGCAGGGUAGAUCAAGUAAUAAUCAAUCAGUGGCUGUGAAUGAGGGCAAGGGGCAAAAAGCUGCAGUUAAAGACACGAAGAAGGUGGAUGCUGGAAGUGUUGUUAUGGUAACAGAAGAGGAGCCGAGAGUAGCUGUUGAAGGGGCCGCUGAAGGUGUGACAGUUGACCGGACGAGUUCCAAAGUUAAGCUGAAAGAUAAGGAAGAGAAAGCACAAAGUGGUGAUGAAGGGAGCAAAAUGGAGAUGCUACAUGGCUUGAUGAAGCUCAGAAGUCAAAGUGAAAAAGAUGAAGAACUGUGUUGUGAAAGGAAGGAUAACAAAAAGAGAAAAGAAAGUGAGGCACCGCUGACAGAAGAAGAAGAAGAGUUGGAGAAAGAGCUCAAAGACAUUCAGUUGUUGAAUAAAGAUCUGAAUGUAAAAGAGUUGGGUGGGGAGGCUGAAGAUGAAAUGCUUGAAUGCCAGACACCAGUCUCAGAAAUUAUUGAAUCUCAAGAGUUCCACGAACAAGAAAGGGUCAUAUUUCUUCCAAACGCAUUGCCUGAUGGGAAAAUGAGCAAUGGCUCCGAGACGGAUGGCAGCCUCAUUAAGUUGCCUCGUACUAUCAGGCAAUGUGUGACAGUUGAUGGUGACUAUGUCAGUGGACAACCAAUUAAAGUGGAAUCUACCGAUGUUACUGCUGCUGAUUCUAGCAAACUUAGUACUGCUGUGAUAUAUUCUCCUAGCCAUCAGAAAAACAAACUAGUAGAAAGUUCUGGUAAUGGCCAAAAUAGAAACUGCUGGCACAAAGAAGAUGGUAAUAAUGAUGAUGAGGAGGAUGUUAAGGAUGUGAUCCCUGCAUCCAAACAGUCUUUACAUGACUUGAAGAUUAGCUCGAUUUUUGGAGCCUGUAAAAGCGAUAAUAGUAGCAGGAGUGAACAACAGCAGCAAGAUGUGCAGUCGGGUGAAACAAGAGCGCUUACUGAUGGUAAGAAUGACCAAUUGCUACAAGUGUCCAAGGACAGUGCUGGUGACCAAGGGGAAGAUCAUAGUUUCACAUCAACAGAAGGAGUGAUCGUUAAUACCAAUGUUGGUGGAAGCUAUGAACCUUCACUUGACAAUCAGUCUACAGAAGUGGAUGGCAAAACUCCCAAAGAACAAUUGAAAAUCUUAGAACGUGUCCGUUCCCUGCCCAAGCGGAAGUGUAAGAAACCUGUAAAAUAUUUCUGUGAUGACUUCAUUUCAUCUUUGUCUGAGAGUCCUGGCAAGUCUAAGGACAAACUUCAGCAUACAUCAUCUUCCACAACUGUAUCAUCUCCACAGACAGCAUCUUCAAAUACUCGACACUCGUUACCGUCAUCAUCUCUGUCAUCAUCUUCCUCAUCAUCAUCUUCGUUGUCAUCUUCAUCAUCAUCGUUAUCGUCAUCGUCAUCGUCUGCGUCCUCGUCAUCAUCAAAACCUUUGUCUUGUGAUAAAUCUGAUCGGCUUAAUAAUCAAAAUGCCACCACGAAAGAGAAAGACUCUGCAGCGGAAAGAUGUGAGGAAGAGACGAAAGAGAAGGGCAACAACAACAACAACAGAAAGCGGAAAUUGUCAGAAACCGCUCCUGGAUCAAAGUCUAAGAAGUCUUUAAGAUGUAGCAAGAAAGUGGAGCCAAAAGAUGAGAAUUCUAAUAGUGGCAGCGUUGAAGAGGACAUGAAAGUGGACAGGAAGCACGUUUUGAAGAACUUCUUGAAACUUCGGUUCAGUACGUCUUCGCAAAGUAAGGAGAAACACGAUCAAGAGAAAUUUCUCGGUCAGAAGGUGCUCAAGAAACACACAGUAAUUCCAAAGACGGCGAAAGUUCGUAAAGUGCCGCCGUCUCCUCCGAAGAAGAAUCGACCAAUGUCGAAUUCAUCUUACGGUCUUCUUAAAAUGGCGGCUGCUGACCGAGGACUACUGCCAGAUCCACCGAAAUUAAGGAAGCCUGUUAGCAUCUUGCCCAAAUUGGAUCCAGAUGUGUGUAAGGUACUGGGAACUCUACCUGACCCCCAGAAAGAUUAUUCUUGUCUGCAACAAGAAUCUCUUCCCGAUGAGAAACCUGCUGCAGCCAGUGUAAUGUCGCGUCGUGAUGAGAUCCUUAAGAACUUGAUUCAUUUCAAAUACGACACACCAUCCUUUCCCGAUGUGUCCGUGGAAGAAGAGAGUCAUAAAUCCGGUGGUGGUUUGCCGAAGAAAUCCGAAGUGCUCGAUAUGCGAACGGAACCCAUCCAACUGACCAAACUCCUGGAGCGGCCAAUUGUUGCUACCGUUCCACCGCUCAACCUUGCUUUGAUCCCGACAUCCUGUCCUAUUGGGAUGAUUACAACAAUGUCAACGACAACACCAGCAGUAGCAGCAACACCACUAAUAACACCACCACAAAUGACAAUGACGGCCACAACAGCCACCUUACCAAUAUCGACGCCAUUGCCAUAUCCCACAGCUGCUGUUUCUGUUAGACCUCCAUCUGUUUCAAGAGUCCCAGUGUUACCUACUAUAAUGCCAAAUGUGAAGAGUGACUACGAUUUCAAAAGAAGCUUAGUCCCAGGUGAAUAUCCUUCCGGUGGUGCAAUGAUGCCCUUGGCGCCAGAGCAGGCCCACACAUGCUGUGAGGCUAUGCAACCAAACUUCUAUGAGAAAGGAACCAUGUUGUACACGAUGCCGAUGGUAGAACCGAAAUCCAAGAUGGAAGUUCCAUCGUAUUCGUUGGUGAGCGUCAAGAUGGAACACGUGUCCCCAGCGCACGACACCUUCUGUGGGGAGCAGCCUGACAACCAAUACGGACUGAGAAUCAGUGAUGUGACUGGGAAUAUUUCCAUGUCUGACCCCCUCUCCUUGAUCCCCCCUGCGGUCCCGGUUACCGAAGAAGAUUCAAAGUUGUCCGUUGCUAAUGCACUUCUGCAAGAGCAACCGGAUGACAAGGCGAAGGACUGGGCCAUAACAAGACGUCGUCCUCUGAGGUGUACAUUAGUCGAAAAUGAAGAUGGCCUGGGACGUUCUAUAUUUUCAUUUGAAUGCUGUGGCCAGUCAUUUUCGCAACCCAUGGAUUUAGCUCGUCACCUUGAUCAUUGCCAUAAGUAAUAUAUGUAUAUACAUAUAUAUAUAUAUACAUAUAUAUAUAUAUA